GUUGCCGCGGCAGCGGUGGCCGCCAGCGUCCGCGGGAGGGGUCCCGCGGCGGGAGUCCCGGCCAGCACCUCGCCUGGGGGCGCCCGAGCCAUGGGCACCAAGUGGUUCAGCGGGGCACCCUUCGGGGUGCAGAGCCACAGGUUUGAUGUCUCCGCCAUCUACCCCAAUCAGAAGAAACUCAGCACCUUCACUGAGGCUCCCUACUCCAGGCUUCAUUCUGUGCAGAUGUCCCACAUAGGACCUGGAACCUAUGGCUACCAGGAGACCUGCUUCAGCAAGAAGAAACUCAGCAAGGAGGUGGGCACAGGCUGGGCCAGGACCCAGGAAGCCACCCGGCUGACCCAGCUGCCCCACUUCCAGUACGAGGCCAUCAUGAAAGAGAAGCGGUUGCAGAAGGAGAAGCUGGGGCCCGGCUCCUACAACCUCAAAGACUUCUUAGAACAGCUGCAGCAGAAACCGUGCAGCACCCGGGGGCUGCUCAGCUCGGGGGAGACCCGCUUCCGUGGCCUCGUUGGGAACUACUAUCCAGGCCCUGGAAAUUAUGGGGUGAAGGGUAACCCAUACACAAAGCUGGAGGAGAAAGCCCAGAACCGUUCUCAGGUCCUCAUGUGCAGGAUGACCAGCAGGCCACUCCUCUUGGCUCAUCAGGGGAGUGGUCUGGCACCAGGCACCUACUCCUUCAAAAGUGGCAUUGAGACCUACCUGGCACGAUCCAUGGGCACCCGCGGCCCCUACGACACUUUCUCCGGUGACCGAAGCAAGCCCCAGCCUUAUGGACAUUACUCUGUGCAGAAAAAAAAGCCCAGGGAACUGAUGAAUUUUACAACCUUCGUGGAAGAGCUUAACUCGCGGCACAAUAAGAAGCGUGGGGUUUUUUCGAAAAUUUCUCGCAACCCGGAAACCCCGAUGGAGAGGAUUUACUGGGCGACCCUUAGCCAGUGCCCCCGAAAACUAGCCACGUCUGGUCCCGGUUCGUGGCUUCCUCCAAAGAAGGAAUGCAAACACGUCAACCAGCCACCGUUCCUGCUGUCUUCCAAGCGGAUGGGCAUAAAGGCCUACCAGAUGAUUCUGGGAAGCUGGAACCCCGUAGGUGUGGGCCGCUACCUCAACACCUGGCUGAUGGAGACGAAGGACCAACGGCAGCGGUAUCGGUCCCUGUACCUGGGUGGAUCCAAGCGCUACCCCUCUGACCCGGCCUGGGACAGGGUCAUGCAGGAAAGGAUCACACCUUUUACUAAGGGGAAGUGCCCUCCAACAGUGGAUUACAAUUCAGAUCCUACUCCUUAAAGCUGCAUAUGAAGGACAUCCUGUGAUGACCAGAGGGGCCCAAAAGCCUGAAGAUAAAUUUGGGGAUGGGAGGAUAGGAGUGGGAAUCUGGGUUGGGGGGGGGGGGUCUUGGAGAAAGGACACAUGGGAAUGCCUGGAGGGGAAGGAUAUAAUGGGAAUGCUUUUGCUGGAGACAUCUACCUGGAGGUCACAUGGUCUGCUGGGACAGCUGGGGCCAGAUACUUUUUGCUAUGAAAGAUCAGUUAUGCUGAGAAUUCAAACUAGCCAGUGACAUGAACAUGGGAGCCAGACAGCAGAUGGACUAAUGGGGUGGAAUGUGGUUGACACUCUUGGAACCUCUUCUAAAGUCAAAUUGCUUGACUCCCUGAUUAUUAAAAUCCAAAAAGAGGUGGAAAAGUGUAGUAUAUGUCAUAAGACAGCUCUAGGCCCCCUUCUGGUGCUCUCCAUCUCCAUCCCAGGAUGCUUCUGGAAGCUCAGCAGGGCCUAAUGCUACGUAUGAGGAGGCUGCUGGCCUCCAGGCAAGGUGCAGCCAUUGGGAACAAUCGAUUUCACCCUUAGAGUUCAGCCUUGUGAGCACACCAGUCUAGCCUAUGGAUGGAUCUGUGGGGCUGUUCACAAUGUCAUCUUCUUCCCUCACUGUUUUGUGUCAGUGAGAGAUGGUGUAGGAUGGCAGGAGCGUGUUGUCCCUCGAAAAAAAGGAGGCUGGGACACCACUGCCUCAGCCACAAAACUCCACUCUUCAGAGUGUGAGUAUAUUAUAAAAAGCAGUUACUUUCUCAUUUAAGUCAAAAUGACUGUUUUAGAAGAAGUAAAACUGUCUUUAUGCACAGACAUGUUGCCUAUGUGAAAAAAAAAAACCACUAUGAGUAUUUUGAUGAGCCAAAAUACAUGUGGAUGAGAUCUAAUAAGUCAGCUUUGCAAGUUUUCAGGAAAUAAAAUCAACAUAUCAAA